AUGCCGCCCAAGAAGCUGUCCAUCUCUCGCAUUCGUGCCGACAGCAGGGUGCGCAGCGACGAUCCCGAUCUCAAUCGCUCUUCAUCUUCUUCAUCGUACAGGAGAAGCAGCGGCUCAGGCUCGAGCGCUAGUCAGCGAUACCGCGCAGUUGCUCCUUCGACAUCAUACAGAGGCAAUACCAACAGCAGAGUAUGGCCAUCGGCAAAGCGACAAAAACGACCAGCUCAGCCCAAAGUCAGCGCACGCAUCCUGCACAUCCUCGAAGACGACAUCGAGGAAACGCGCGUUCAGAACCUCUUUGCGCCCGAUCCACGUACGCAGCGCCAGAACAUCUCGUAUAGACCCCUCAAAUUGACGCAGCUGGCCCGCAGAGACGGCGACGACUUUCGUCUUCCCUCGCUGAGCAGCAUGUGCUCUUCUGUCAUCGCUUCGUGCUUUGACGCUCUCUUGCCGUCCAGGGAUCAGUUUGAUGCAGCAGCCGGUCCGAGUGCACCUCACAGCAACAGCAAGCCAAUACGAAACUCGCAUACUCUCAAGAAGAGCUCCAAUACACGCAAAAGAUCUAGAGCAAGGGCGUUUGGAGCUGCGCCCGACUCGGACGACGACCAGAAAGACUACAUCCCCAGUGACGAUGAGGGUGCGGCGACCAUAUCAAUAGCCAGAUCGACACGCAGGCGUAAAGAUGGAGCUCAAACAGCUACGGGAGCCAGUUCGAGCCAGCUACUGGCCGGAUGGACCACAUCUGAGCUUCACUACCUCACUCGCAAGACAUCCGAACAGCUCAAGCUUCUCUCCCCUGCCGCCUCUUUCCUUCUCUUUCGAGCUCUCGUAGAGCAGUCACCACAAUACCUCACCAAGACGGUUGUCAGCAACUACUUUCUUCCUCCUAUACUAGGCGAAUCGUCGACAAUGUCACAUUCGGUCAGUCCAGCUGCUAGAACGCAUGUCUGGCUACCAGCCUCGAUCCCUCUACUUUCGCACGACAAAUCCGCAGCGUCCUUCCUCGUGGCGCACCUCUCCAACGCGCUCGCAUCGGCGCGAGAUCACAGACCGUCCAUCCUGAGCGAGGCUACCGCAGAGGACAUCCCUCUAGCAGCCCUGCCUUCGCGGCUGGUCCUUGCUCAACCAGCCACCUUCGCCCUACGCUCGCUGCAACUGCACGGCCUCACCCGCUUGCAAGAUGGCACCCUCGCACGCUUCUUCGAAGCAGCCAUCCCCUCCGCCUCAAACGAAGCGAUCCUCAGGCUCGACACUAUCUCGCUCAAAGGCUGCAUUUCGAUCGGCGACCGCACCGUCACCGCCAUCUGCCGCUCGACCGGCUCCUCCCUUCGCUAUAUCAACCUCGAUUUCACGGACAUCACCGCCGACUCGGUCUUCAGCAUCAUGUCCUCUAUUCCGGACCUACACACGCUCAAGCUGGGGUUCAACGACAAUCUCUCCGACAAGGCCCUCCAGCUCGCCCUAGCAGCGCCCGCCACCGGUGUCCAACUUCCCUUCUCCAAACUCACCAACCUGCGUCUCCGCCACUGCCCGCAGGUGGGCGACCAGGGGGUAGCGAGCUUCCUCAAGCACUGUUUCCGGUCGAUCGAGGUGCUCGAUAUCUCGCACACGGGCGUGGGGGGCAACAACGCGCAUCAACCGGAUCUGUCGAUUCUACUCAUGAGCUUGUUCCCCAUGGGUGUGCCGGACGAACCCACCGGCCCGCUGAAGAAGCUCAAUCUGCUCGGGACCAACAUCGACUACUUCACCUUACGCACGAUUGUCGAUCGCAACCCGGGGAUUCACACCCUGCUGCUGCGCCAGAUGCCCAGCCCAAACAGCCGCGAUGGACUGGUGAUGUUUCUCGAAAAGCUGGCCAUCGAACGACAAUCCUGGCGCCACCGCGGGUGGAAGCGGCUGCAUCUCAAGAUCUCCGAUGUGGGAGGCGAUGCGUUUGGCGAGCUCUUCCCGGACCUUCUGGCGAUUUUCCCCCGGCUGACGGUGGAAGGGUUGAAAACGUCUAUGAGCCAGACGGCGUUUUUCCACGCGGUGCCGGAAAAGGUGCAGGGGGACCAGUGCAUCGUGCGCGAACUCAAACUGCCGGAUGCCAAACUGUCCGAUCAUGCUUGGUCGUUUUUGCCAAAGAUCAGAACGCUGAGAAGCCUCGAUGUCAGCAACACUGCUGUACCGGAGCAGGUGGUGAAGGAGACAAUAGAGAAUAACGAGUUCUUGGAGACGAUCGAUUUGAGUCACUGCAAGCAGAUGCGUAUUGGCACGAGGAGGAACGCUUUUGAUCUUGUUAAGGAGUAG